AGCGCAUCCCGGCGCGGGGGGUUGUUCCCGGAGGCGGCCCAAGAUGGCGGCGGCCAUGCAGGGCCCCGUUGCCCGCCCCGCGCAGCGCUGGGCCCGGCCCCGCCGGCGGCGUUGAUCCGCUCCGCGCGUUUCCCUGCGCCCGGACCCCGCGGCCAUGGACGGGCCCGGAGCGGCGGCGGCGGCGGUGGGGGCGGGGCCGGGCGGCAGCAACGUGUCGGCCUUCCUGACCAAGCUGUGGACGUUGGUGGAGGAUCCCGACACCGACCCGCUCAUCUGCUGGAGCCCGAGUGGAAACAGCUUCCAUGUGUUUGACCAAGGACAGUUUGCCAAGGAGGUGCUGCCCAAGUACUUCAAGCACAACAACAUGGCCAGCUUUGUCCGGCAGCUAAACAUGUAUGGCUUCAGGAAGGUGGUGCACAUCGAGCAGGGGGGGCUGGUGAAGCCGGAGAAGGACGACACCGAGUUCCAGCACCUCUGCUUCCUGCAGGGCCAUGAGCACCUCCUGGAGCACAUCAAGAGGAAAGUCACCAGCGUAAGUGUGUGCUACCAGUGUUGCGGCACAAGAACAACGUCCAAGCUGCUGACCGACAUCCAGGUGAUGAAAGGAAAGCAGGAGAGCAUGGACUCCAAGCUGAUAGCCAUGAAGCAUGAGAACGAGGCGCUGUGGAGGGAGGUGGCCAGCCUGAGGCAGAAGCACGCGCAGCAGCAGAAGGUGGUCAAUAAGCUCAUCCAGUUCUUGAUUUCACUGGUGCAAUCCAACCGCAUCCUCGGCGUCAAGAGGAAGAUCCCCCUGAUGUUGAACGACAGCAGCUCAGCGCAUUCCAUGCCCAAAUACAGCCGCCAAUACUCCCUGGAGCACGUCCACGGCUCAUCCCCAUACGCAGCUUCUUCCCCAGCGUACAGCGGCUCCAACAUCUACUCCCCGGAUUCAUCCACCAACUCGGGUCCCAUCAUCUCGGACGUGACGGAGCUGGCCCAGUCCAGCCCCUCGGCGUCUCCCAGCGGCAGCCUGGAUGAGAGGAGCAGCCCCGUGGUCCGCAUCAAAGAGGAGCCCCCCAGCCCCUCCCGCAGCCCCAAGGAGAACGAGCCCAGCACCACGACCGCCACGGCCGGCAACAGCACCGCGCAGCCUCAGCCCCAGGAAAAGUGCCUCAGCGUUGCCUGCCUCGACAAGAACGAGCUCAACGACCACCUGGACACCAUUGACUCCAACCUGGACAACCUGCAGACCAUGCUGACCACGCACGGCUUCAGCGUGGACACGAGCGCGUUGCUGGACCUCUUCAGCCCUUCGAUGACAGUUACGGACAUGAACCUCCCAGACCUGGACAGCAGCUUGGCCAGCGUGAGUAACUGCAAUGCAUUGGGGGAACCAUUGCAGCGCCUGCAGCAGGGAUGCAUGCAGGAAACUGCUCACAGGGCUCUGAGGAAUGGGAAGGAGCAAACGUGGCAUGCUGGGGAUGCAACAAUGCAGGGGCAGGUUGCAGUGCUAGAGACAGGUUGCAGCAAUGCAAGGACAGGUUGCAGCAAUGCAGGGGCAGGUUGCAGCAAUGCAGGGGCAGGUUGCAGUGCUAGAGGCAGGUUGCAGCAAUGCAAGGACGGGUUGCAGCAAUGCAAGGACAGGUUGCAGCAAUGGAGGGGCAUGUUGCACCGUCCCACGCGGUGCUGCCUUGCAGGGAAGCAGCUGGUGCACUACACGGCUCAGCCCCUCUUCCUGGUGGACUCGAGCGCGGUGGACGUGGGCAGCGGAGACCUCCCCAUCUUCUUUGAGUUGGGGGAGGGCUCCUAUUUCACCGACGGGGACGAAUAUGGCGACGAUCCCACCAUCUCCCUCUUGUCCGGGACUGAGCAGCCCAAACCCAAAGACCCCGCUGUGUCCUAAGGGAGGAGGAGGAGGAGGAGGAGGAGGAGGAGGAGGACGAAGAGGAAGGAUGAGCCCCACAGGGACCUCCAGCUCCCCCGCUUUGCGCAGACAUUGGCAGCUCUCGGCACCCUCUGGUUCACGUCCGCUUCUCCCGGCCACCACCGCCAGGAUCUCAUUAGUGUGUGCGCUUAACGAGCUGUGGCUCCAGCCGCCUUCCAUGGCGGACGGCUCCUCCGGUGCUCAGUGGGGCUGAGUGGGGCUGGAGGACCCACAACCACCCCCGGAGCGGGCAGGGACAGCGCGGCCCCGCCAUGCAGACAUGGAGCAGCAUCACUGCGCCGGGCAGCCGCGGGUCGGGCACUGAUGGACUGCACUGAGGGACUGGGAACGGCUGCGCCGGGCAGCGGAGAACCCGGCGUCAAUGGGAAGGUGUCUGUGGGAUGGUGCUGGUCUAUUGGGUAUCAAUGGGCUGGUGUUGGUCAACUGGGCACCAUCAAUGGGCUGGUGUUGGUCAACUGGGCAUCAAUGGGCUGGUGCUGGU